GCUUUUAAGGCUUUGCAGUGGUAACACUAUUGUCAUCUCUCCGCUUUACAAUACUUUUGCCCGAAUGUGUCUACGCUCGUAAAUAUGGGGUCGUGCAUUCAUAUCGUUUACGUGUUUGAUUGAAAAUAGAUGUUGUGAAAAUUGUCACAUUUAAAAUAAAGAAAAGUCUUUGUAAAGCAAAAAAUAUUCUUAAAUUGACCCUGGAACAAUGUGACAACAAUGUGAAGUGGUUAAAAACUUAAGAAAUGAAUUUGUAAAAUUUUAAAAUGCUUUAAAAGUGCGAUGCAAUUUUGUGUUUAAUUAAGUGAAAACGCAAUUGCUGUGAACGAACCUCAAAGCAAAUGAAAAAUUUCAAUAGAAAAUAUUUUGAACAAAAUAAAAAUCUGAUAGCUUAUUAGUCGUAGCCGAGGUGAAGAGAAAAACGUUAACAUAUAACGUACUUUGGACUGUGUAAAGAAUAGAGUCCAAAUAAAACUAAAAUUGGGAUCUUGUGGAAAUAGCAAAAACACGCCCACUAUCGAAAUAUUUUGAAGUGUGUGUGAAAGGAAAAAUGUCUGGUCAACGUGUCAAUUUAAAUGCCGCUGAAAAGGAUGUGGAGAAGUUUAUAAAAUUUCUUGCGCUGAAGUCCACUCAAGUUGUAGUGCAGUCGCGCUUAGGAGAAAAGAUACAGACUCCAUGUAAUCCUUUGGCUACUGGUAGUGAUUGGUUUAACAUAGUUAUUCAAGACCAUCCUGAUAUAUAUGCUGAGACCAAACGUGCAUUAUCUUUGGAACCCGGCCAAAGUAUACUAAAGCGAUUGCCUUUGUGUGUGGAAAUUUCGCUACGCACAGUAGAGGGAGAUCAAAUGGUAUUAGAAGUAUGGUCAUUGGACAUUCAAUUGCCUGGAUGUCACAAAAAUUGUAAAGAUGACAUAUGUGAAGUUCUCAUAAAAAAUGCCGAAAACGGGAAGGGCGGGGUUAUGAAUGGAACUGGUGCACCUUUGUCAGAGCAGCAGACUUUAAAAGCGGCACAUGCCAUUUAUAAUCGUAUGGGUAUUCUACUGAAGUCACUCAUCUCUUUGACGCGAGCAACGCCCGGCUAUAAAUUAUCACGACGUCAAUGCCCAGACGCAUAUGGAAUUUACUAUCGUAUUUAUGUAGAUCGGCCGCAGUUACAUACUUUGGGAGAGGGGCAUAAAAACGUUAAAAUCGGUCAACUAAAUACCAUAGUUGGUACAUUAAGUAUGUCCGUUUCUUAUCGUACAAAAAUGACUAUUACUCCUACCACCUCAGAAGGGCACAAUGGAGAAUCGAACCAAAUUAUGGUGAAGUCUGACCAUUUCCGGCGUGGCGAUUCUUCUCCCACUCAAAAUUUAUCAAUAACAGGACUGAAAAGAGGUGUUGGAGUUAAUGGAGAAAAAAAAGUAAUUGAUAUUGAGAAGCCUCUAAGACCUGGAGCUUUUACAGAUGUUGGUAAAUUGCGUCAGUGGACUGAAAAAGACUAUAUUUUGCCUGAAACACCCCCAUUUGAGUGGUUAUUGCGUCGCCCACGACAAGAACGUGGGGACUCGGUCGGUUCGGUAGAGUCCCUAAAUAAAAAGAGCACUGGUAGUAAUUCUGCACCGAAUUCUUGUAAUGGGCAAGAACAAAUUGUUCAAAAUAACAACGAUGGCAUUGGAAAUAAUACUAGCAGUAAUACACAGGCAAAUAAUAACAACAACGUUAUGACAUUUAAGAGUUUAGAGAAUGGGCAAAACGGCACGCAAGCGAAACCUUCCAGCGGGGAUACAACUCUCUCACAGUCGCCUAAAAACAAUAUAACCAUACCCGCUCCUACGUGUUCCCGUAGCAACUCAAUGCACCAUCGACCGGAAGAUGAUAACCUCCUAAAAGAACUACACAUUCCUUUCGCGUUACCCAAUUCACAUGUCAAUGACUUGGCGAAGUUUUAUCGCGAUUGUUAUCACGCACCACCACUUCGUGGAUUGAACGAAACUAAACAGGAUGCAGCAGUAGAACAAUUGGAAGAAUUUGAAACAUCCUUAGGAGACUACGAUGAAUUAGUGUUACAGCUUGGAUUAAGUGCAUCUUCAUCGACGGGCAGCCGGAGUAGCGGAGGAUUGCAAAUGAGUAAUUAAUAUCUACGAAUAUUGAUGAUAAAUCAUAUGAUACUAUUAUUAGAAUAUAAGUAGGUAGAUAGGUAAAAGUUUACAGCCGAGGAACUUUUCAAUAACAUUAUGAUCAAAUGUCUAGGCUUGAAUUUCUCUUAUUUGCUUAAUUUAUUUUUAUGUUAUGUCAAAUUAGAGUUUACAGAUAUAUAACCUAUGUAAAUAUAUAAUAAUAAUAUUUAUUAAGAAUGACUACUAAGUAACUGUAAAAAUCUAAAAAUAUGAAAAAAAUCAUGAGACGCAUUAUUAGGAAUUUUUUAAUGCUAAUAUUUUGAUAGUUUUGAUAGUUUUGAAAGUUUAGCAAUUAAAUAAAUAUUAGUUUCAUAUAUGAAUGUCGGAUUAAAUAAUGUAUUUAGAAGUAAAAGACGUUACUAACAAAUAUGGAACAAGUACCUAUGUAAAUGGUAUUAAUUCUGAAGAAAUAAUAAUUUUUAGAAGAUUUGUAAUCUGUGCAGAAAACUAAUCUGCAGUAUUGUUUAGUGCCUUCUAACUAGUAUUUGUCAUAAGAAUAUUCUAAUAAUUUGUAUUUGGAGGCAAAAAUUAUAUUCUUUAUGUAAUUACAUUUCAUAUAUGACAGUUUUAAAAUUCCUUUAAUCAAAAGUGUCAGAGUGCAUCCAAUCGAUUGGUGUCUGCAUAAUUAAUAGGAGUUUUGUUUAAGUAAUGACAGUUCAAAGUUCUUUAGGCAAGCAUACAUAUGUACAUACGCUCAUCUAUGCAUAUACAUAUAUACAUAAAAAUAUACAAAAUCGCAAAAAUGCAUUUAACGGCAAAAUGAAUUUUUUAAUUGAGCUACGGGUACUUUAAAAGGCCAUCACCUAAGGCAAGUACUAUAAACUAAAAGUAAUACAGAACACAACGGAGAUUAAAUAACCUAACCGACACUCAAUUUAGUCCUUUAAUGAACUCACCUUUGUAUUUAAUAAAUAAAAGGAAAAAUAAAAACAUAUAACAUUCA